GAUAGAGCUGUUUUCGCCAUUUUGGUGCAAGUUCAGUUCAGUGUAGUGACGAUCGGCUUGAAUCCAAGCCAUCUCUGUAUGUGGGUGACUAAGAGGAUUAUUUAUUAGUGUAAAAAUGAGUACUAACGCCAACAACACCAGCAAGGUGUCUACGACGGAUAGGGUCAUCAAAAGCGAGGCACCGAAUGGUCGUCCCAUCAAAAGUGUGCCGUUCCCGCCGUCACACAAGUUAACAUGUUCAGAGGUGUUCGACCCCAAGACGGGCAAGCCGAAGUUUGAGUGGCUGAAGAACCACUUCAUCCUGGAGGGCCGCAUCGACGAGGCGGCGGCCCUCCGCAUCAUCAACGAGGGGGCCGCCCUCCUCCGUCAGGAGAAGACCAUGAUCGAUAUUGAGGCGCCCGUCACUGUUUGCGGUGACAUCCACGGACAGUUCUACGACCUCAUGAAGUUAUUCGAGGUUGGCGGCCCGCCCAACUGUACUAAAUAUCUGUUCCUAGGGGACUAUGUAGACAGGGGCUACUUUAGUAUAGAGUGUGUUCUUUAUCUAUGGGCGCUAAAGAUAUGUUACCCCAACACUUUAUUUCUAUUAAGAGGAAACCACGAGUGUAGGCAUUUAACAGAAUACUUCACAUUUAAGCAAGAAUGUAAGAUCAAAUACAGUGAGCGAGUGUACGACGCGUGCAUGGAGGCGUUCGACUGUCUGCCCCUUGCUGCCCUCAUGAACCACCAGUUCCUGUGUGUCCAUGGCGGCCUCUCACCCGAGCUACACACACUCGACGACAUCAGGAAGCUGGACCGGUUCAAGGAGCCGCCUGCAUUUGGUCCAAUGUGUGACAUACUCUGGUCUGAUCCCCUGGAGGACUUCGGCAAUGAGAAGAAUGCAGAGCACUUCUCCCACAACUCAGUACGAGGUUGUUCUUACUUUUACAGCUAUGCAGCCUGCUGUGACUUCUUGCAACACAAUAAUCUUCUGUCCAUAAUUAGAGCCCACGAAGCUCAAGAUGCAGGGUAUCGUAUGUAUCGCAAGAGCCAAACAACAGGUUUUCCCUCUCUUAUCACAAUAUUCUCUGCUCCUAACUACCUGGAUGUGUACAACAACAAGGCUGCCGUGUUGAAAUACGAGAACAAUGUGAUGAACAUCCGGCAAUUCAACUGUUCACCUCACCCAUACUGGCUACCCAACUUUAUGGACGUCUUCACAUGGUCACUACCAUUUGUAGGAGAGAAGGUGACGGAGAUGUUAGUGAAUGUACUCAACAUCUGCUCUGAUGAUGAGCUUAUGGAUGGAGAGGAAUCACUUGAUGAAGCAACAACAGUGCUAAUUGUGCCGGAAAAAGGAGCCAUGAGGAAGGAGGUUAUUCGGAACAAGAUUCGUGCCAUUGGCAAAAUGGCUCGUGUAUUCUCAGUCUUAAGAGAGGAGAGUGAAAGCGUACUGCAGCUGAAGGGUCUUACCCCAACUGGAGCUCUUCCACUUGGAGCUUUGUCAGGAGGAAAAGCAUCAUUGAAGAAUGCAAUGGCAGGCUUCUCCCCAAACCACAAGAUUACAUCGUUUGCGGAGGCUAAGGGUCUAGAUGCAAUGAAUGAGCGCAUGCCUCCAAGGAAGGAUGCUCCUGCUAUUACUCAGCCUGCCGUCUCCUCCCCUGCCUCAGUUGAAGAUGCAGACAAGUCCAACUCCUCCAACACAGCACCCAACACCCACUUGUGAAACCCACAGCCUCCGUUAUUAUUUCAGGUUGGCUUGGUGUGUGAAUGUAGGUGAUGAAAUGUAAACAUCAUGCUGAUCUCAAGUGUGCGGUGACUAAGCAGGGUGAGGCUGUCUGGCCAGUUAUUGGUUGUGAUGCAAGUGUUGCCUCAGCCCCUGGUGGGCCCCACUGGCCAGCCAACCCCACUGGACAUCCUGCCAAGCCGUUGCCGCUAACAUUGCUACUGUCGGCCAGGGCUGGGCUGGGCUAGGCCAGGUCGCGGGCCAAGUGAUCUUGGGGGCCCAUCAGUGCUGCCACCACAGAGGGUGCAAGAAAGAGUGGCAGAUGCGGCCUGGCCGGCCCCAGGUCACCAGCACCAAGCUGCUGCUGCUAGAGACUUAUGACCCGGUCACCUAACCCCCUCCAGUGUCCUUUCCAGUACACUGUCAGACUACCACCCUCUGUGUUGCCUACACUGUUGGAUUUCAGUUACACCCUCCUUACCCAUUGUGUUGGUGAUGACAUAAGACAGGACCAUGAGUGUUCCCAUGGAGCUGCCAGGGCUGCCAUUGAUGGUGAGCCUUUCCAAGGCCCCAGCUUUGAUGGAUAGCCAGUGGACAGGUGUUAGCACAGUGGUGUGAAAUGUGACUGUGUGAACCCUCCAGCAAGGCCAUAAUGACCAGGAGUCACCAGCUGCAGUGUCUGUCCAGGUUGUGUCACAUACUAACAAUGAUACGUCUACAUGAAACAUUACUCACAUUAUCUAAGUGAACCUGUUCAUACAUUGACAAAAUCAUGUAAAUAGUUUUUCUUUAUUAUUGUGUAUAGCAUGCUUGAAUAUUUACAGACUGUCGUACAGCCUCUCUAAAACCCCCUCUGUAGCAAGACAGCAGCCUGUGUAUUGGUCCAAUGGACUGUUGGCAAGCUUUUCCUGAAUAUCUGCCAUCAAUGUGACAUUAAGGAUGCAAUACAUUUUGGCCUGUGUGCAAUAUAUCCUCAUUCUCAUCUAGACUCCCAAAUUCUCUUAGGUUAGAAUGGUAGCUUGUCAUCUCUUGAUCAUUGUUCUGUGGCUCCUCAAAAUGUAAUUUCUAUAAGUUUAAUACCAUGUAGUGUUAAGCCAUAUUCUACAGAGGGAGUGGUGUACAUGCAUCAGAGAAGCAACCUGUUUCCAGGACUAUUAAUCCUCAUGUAAUUCAGUCCCUCUGACAGUACCAUUACAUGUUAAAGAUGAUCCUGUUGCUAAUGGACGUUUUCUUCUUGAUGGUAAUUUUCAUACAUGCAACUGUUUUGUCAUGUGAGACUGUAGGAUUCAUAUUUAUCAAUUCUGCCAUAUUAAGUGUUAUAUAAAAGAUAACUACUAAUAAUAAGUCGUGUUUAAAAACAAAUUUUAUGCCUUUUUCCAAACCAAAGUGUCCUAGUCAUAUUUCUCGCGUGGAAACAAGGCAUCGGGGCCCAGCGAGUAGCAUGCUGGGCCUAUCGGAGCCCCAUCCCCCUCCCAUCCCUCCCCAAGAAAAUUAUGGGCCUUGCUCGCUGUGUGCUAGGAUCCAUCAACCAUCACUUCUCAAUUUCCCAUGUUUUAAGUGUUGACACAAAAACCAAAACAGAAAUACGGUUUAACAUCCUGUAAUCGCUCUCACUCAUUUUUCACUAUAAAACUUUGCUGGUUGGUGUAAAUUUUGAACAUGCAAGUAGCCCUUAACUUUUUUCUCUUGUAGCUCUUAAUACCCAUGAGAAAUAUGUGAAUGUGCGUUGAAAGUGGUUAUUAUGCUAUGUUAAUAUUUAUGAUUAUAGACAUGAAAAAAACUGAAUUUGGAAAUACUUUUGAUUGUGAAAUAGAUGUUGAUUGCUUCAAUCUGGUAUAAAUAUAUUAUUUUCUUGUGGAAUAGGAUCUAAGUUUUUCUCUUGUUACCUUGUUCAUUAAUACAUCUCUUAGGAAGUGUCAAAUGUUGUAUAUCACAAGUAUAACCUUCCAUAUUGU